CGUCAGAGUUGAUUCCCAUUGAUAAAUUUGUGUAUUUAACUGCACUGUGCAUGCAUGCUUAUAUCUGUAUCUGCUGGAUAAGCAAUAUUUGCACAUUUAAGAAGUAUGUUUGGUGUGGUGUUGUUGAUUUUCACACUGUACUCAGCUGUGAUCAGUGGCACUGAACUGACUUUUGAACUACCUGAUAACGAGAAACAAUGUUUUUAUGAGGAAUUAGAAGAAGGGGUCACGUUUCAUGUCGACUAUCAGGUUAUUGCUGGAGGCAACUAUGAUGUUGACUGUUUUGUGACAGAUCCAAUGAAUAAUGUCUUGUACCAAGAACGCAAGAAGCAAUAUGACAGCCUCACCCAUACUACCGCUAUGAUGGGUGUUUAUAAGGUCUGCUUCAGCAACGAGUUCUCAACCUUCUCUCAUAAAACUGUGUAUUUAGACUUCAGAUCAGGCGAUCAGGAGCGACUCCUGCCUGGUAUGAACAAGGCAACAUCGCUUACACAGAUUGAGUCCACCUGCUUGUCCAUCCAUGAGAUCCUGAAAGUGGUGGCAGACUCUCAGACGAGGUACCGUCUUCGAGAAGCUCAGGACCGAAUUAGAGCCGAGGACCUAAACGCUCGCGUUUCUUACUGGUCCAUCGGAGAGGCUGUCAUUAUAUGCGUGGUCAGCAUCGGACAAGUUCUUAUGCUUAAGAGCUUUUUCAAGGAGAAGAAAACGAUCAGCACGUAGUCUUCUUAUGACCACUUUCCAACAACCCAGCCACAUUACAAGCUGUUGUAAUGAUCUGUUAUAGCUCUAGAGAUUAGAAUACCAGCAAUGACACUAACAAGGACAUACUGUAUUUCCAAUAGAUUAUAAAAGGGAAAAAGCUGUCAUGUUUUCAUUUAUGAAAAAGAAAUGAGAAAUCAGUAUAAGCUUUAAUGGGUGGAGUAAUUAUUUUUUUUUUAAAUAGCCAUAUUGUAGGGAUUUUUAGGGAAUUUUGCUCCUUUAUUGUAAAUGUACACAAGGUCAAAUUACAUUGCAAAAACUUACAUCUUAGCAAGUGGAUAUAUACUGAAUGUAUUCAAAUUUCGCUAGUAUUUUCUUUGAUAAGAUUACAGUAAACCAAAUAUAAUAUAAUAUAAUAAUAUUUAAGCCUAUUUCUAGCGAUUUUCUCUAAUUUUCUCUAAUUUGCCUUAUGUUGGAAGACAUUUUUGCUGAUUUUUGGAGUUUAUUUCUAGAAAGAAGAAACAUCUGCCAAAAGAAGAAGAACAUUUAAAGCUUGAAAUGAAUUAAAAAAAAAAAAAAGGUUUAAUAAUCUUAUAUCUGGUGUAUUGUAAUCAUAUAUAAGGAAAUACUAGAUCGAUUUGACUAUAUUUUCACUUGCUAAAAUGACAUUUUUUGCAGUGUGGGAUUUAUGAGGUAUAGGUGGGAGUUCCUCUGUUUUUUUCUAUAAUUUUCUUGCACUAACUUUGGGUCAAGUAGUGGAAAGUUGUAACUCUGUCGACUGAAUGUAAACCAAACAAUACAUUUCUGUAAUUUCCAAAGAUUCAUCAUUUACUGUGUUCAUCUACUCACCAUUGAUGAGAUGAUAGACCCUUAGACAAGUGCAAUUAACUGUCAGCUCUCAGGAACUGUUUGUAUAAAAUAUCUAUGGGAUAUAGCGGCUUCUGUAUUUCUUCCUGACCCUGAAGUGAACGAUGGACUGAUUACAGAUUACACAGAUUACAGAUUAAAUUCAAAAUUGAAAAAAUGUGACCUAUUUUAUAUUGUGUCUCUACAUAUUGUGCAGUUACUACACAGAAACUAUACACGCAGUUACAAUGUAACUAUUGUAGAUGUCUGUACUGUUACAGUAGGACAUCUUAUAUAAAUAAGAAACACAACACAAGACGGACCGUGCUGUUAUACAAAAAUAAUACACACCGGGGUUGUGUGAUACUGUUACACCCCAAACCCUGAUGUGUUAUUGUUAUCCAUCAGUGCAAACAGUUGCCUGUAUAAUUUAUGUGGAAGUACACAGGUAUUAUAGAUACAUAAUAUAAAGUGGGAAUUUUUAAGAAAAAAAAAAUGGGUGAUUGUUGAUAUCACUGAAUUACUGUGUCAUAUUUGAUCACUGAAUAUAAAGUAUGAUGGGAAGCUUGUGUUUGUUGUUAUAAUUCAUUCAUUCAUUUUUAGUAACCAUCUUAUCCUAGUCAGGGUGGAUCCUGGGAACACUGGGUGCGAAGCGGGAAUACACCCUGCAUGGACACAAAUCUAUAUCAGGGCACCACACACACACACACACACACACACACAUUCACAUCUAGGGGAAAUUUAGUGCAUGUAAUCAAUCCACAUACUGGCUUGUUUUUGGGAAGUAGGAGGAAACCAGAGAACCCUGAGGAAACCCACACAGACAUGUGAAGAACAGGAUCAGACAGAUGUGUUAUCUGUGCAAACAGCUGCUUGUGUAGUUUGUGUAACGUGUAAACACACAGGCUUAAUAUAGAAUGGGAUUUUUUUUUCUUAAUGGAAGGUUGUUGUGUUAUGUUGUGUAAUGCAUUACUGUGUUUGAUUAUUAAAGAUAAAAUACUGCUA